CACUAACUCAAAGUGAUGGAGCGCUUGAAGCGCAGCCAGAAGAGCACCAAGGUGGAGGGGCCAGAGCCCGUGCCGGCCGAGGCCUCGCUGAGUGCCGAGCAGGGAACGAUGACGGAGGUGAAGGUGAAGACAGAGGUGCCCGACGACUACAUCCAGGAGGUGAUCUGGCAGGGCGAGGCCAAGGAGGAAAAUAAGGCGGUCAGCAAGGAUGGGACUGGCGACGUGCCCGCCGAGAUCUGCGUGGUGAUCGGUGGCGUUCGCAACCAGCAGACCCUCGGGUCCUAUGAAUGUGGAAUCUGUGGCAAGAAGUACAAGUAUUACAACUGUUUCCAGACCCACGUACGCGCACACCGAGACACUGAAGCCACCUCAGGGGAGGGAGCCUCCCAAGGCAACAAUUUCAGGUACACAUGUGACAUCUGUGGGAAGAAGUACAAGUAUUACAGCUGUUUCCAAGAGCACCGAGACCUGCACGCAGUGGAUGUGUUUAGUGUGGAGGGGGCCCCGGAGAAUCGGGCAGACCCCUUCGAACAAGGCGUCGUGGCCACUGAAGAGGUGAAGGAGGAACCCCCGGAACCAUUCCAGAAAAUCGGGCCAAUGAACAAUAUUACAUCAGAAAUAUUUAAGAAGAAAGAAGUUAGGCAGACCCAAAAGAGAGAAACCGGCAAUUACACCUGCGAAUUCUGCGGGAAGCAGUACAAGUACUACACACCCUACCAGGAGCACGUGGCCUUACACGCCCCCAUCAGUACCGCCCCCGGGUGGGAGCCAGCGGACGAUCCAGACACGGGCUCUGAGUGUUCACAUCCGGAGGUCUCCCCAUCUCCACGCUUCGUGGCCGCGAAGACCCAGACGAACCAGUCGGGGAAAAAAGCCUCGGCCUCCGUGGUCCGAUGCGCCACCCUCUUACACCGCACUCCUCCAGCCACCCAAACCCAGACGUUCCGCACUCCAAAUUCAGGAUCGCCGGCAAACAAGGCAACCGCAGCAGAAAGCGCUUUCAGUCGGAGAGUAGAAAGCAAAGCACAAAACCACUUUGAAGAGACGAAUAGCAGUUCCCAAAACUCCAGCGAAACUGCAAGUCCCCUGAUUUCCAAUACUUUCCCUCUCCUACAGAAACCCUACACGUGCGGCGCCUGUGGGAUCCAGUUCCAGUUCUACAACAACCUGCUGGAGCACAUGCAGUCCCACGCAGCGGACAACGAGAACAACAUCGCCUCCAACCAGUCCCGAUCGCCACCUGCCGUUGUGGAAGAGAAAUGGAAACCCCAGGCCCAGAGGAACAGUGCCAACAACACCACGACCAGUGGUUUAACAUCCAACAGCAUGAUCCCCGAGAAGGAGCGGCAGAACAUCGCAGAGCGGCUGCUGCGGGUCAUGUGCGCUGACCUGGGCGCGCUGAGUGUGGUGAGCGGGAAGGAGUUCCUGAAACUGGCCCAGACGCUGGUGGACAGUGGUGCCCGCUACGGGGCCUUCUCGGUCACCGAGAUCCUGGGCAACUUCAACACGCUGGCACUGAAGCACCUGCCGCGCAUGUAUAACCAGGUGAAGGUGAAAGUGACAUGUGCCUUGGGCAGCAACGCCUGCCUGGGCAUCGGCGUCACCUGUCACUCUCAGAGCGUCGGCCCUGACUCCUGCUACAUCCUCACUGCCUACCAGGCCGAGGGCAACCACAUCAAGAGCUAUGUGCUGGGCGUGAAGGGAGCAGAUAUUCGUGACAGCGGUGACCUGGUGCACCACUGGGUGCAGAACGUGUUGUCAGAGUUCGUGAUGUCGGAGAUCAGGACAGUAUAUGUGACGGACUGCCGGGUGAGCGCGUCCGCCUUCUCCAAGGCUGGCAUGUGCCUCCGCUGCUCAGCCUGUGCCUUGAACUCGGUGGUGCAGAGCGUGCUGAGCAAGCGGACACUGCAGGCCCGCAGCAUGCACGAGGUCAUCGAGCUGCUCAACGUGUGCGAGGACCUGGCAGGCUCCACCGGCCUCGCAAAGGAGACCUUUGGGUCGCUCGAGGAGACCUCACCCCCGCCCUGCUGGAACUCUGUCACAGACUCGCUGCUGCUGGUGCACGAGCGCUACGAGCAGAUCUGCGAGUUCUAUAGCCGAGCCAAGAAGAUGAACCUCAUCCAGAGCCUCAACAAGCACCUGCUCAGCAACCUGGCGGCCAUCCUGACGCCGGUGAAGCAGGCCGUCAUCGAGCUGAGCAACGAGAGCCAGCCCACCCUGCAGCUGGUGCUGCCCACCUACGUCAGGCUGGAGAAGCUGUUCACGGCCAAGGCCAACGACGCAGGCACCGUCAGCAAGCUGUGCCACCUCUUCCUGGAAGCCCUCAAGGAGAACUUCAAGGUGCACCCGGCCCACAAGGUGGCCAUGAUCCUGGACCCACAGCAGAAGCUGCGGCCUGUCCCUCCCUAUCAGCAUGAGGAAAUCAUUGGCAAGGUGUGUGAGCUCAUCAACGAGGUUAAGGAGUCCUGGACCGAGGAGGCUGACUUUGAGCCCGCCGCCAAGAAGCCCCGCUCUGCCACCGGCGAGAACCCCACAGCCCAGGAAGACGAUCGGCUGGGGAAGAGCGAAGUGUAUGAUUAUCUGCAGGAGCCCCUCUUCCAGGCCACCCCCGAUCUCUUCCAGUACUGGUCGUGCGUUACCCAAAAGCACACGAAACUCGCCAAGCUUGCCUUCUGGCUCCUUGCGGUUCCAGCCGUGGGCGCCAGGAGUGGGUGUGUAAAUAUGUGUGAACAGGCCCUUCUAAUCAAGAGGAGGCGACUGCUCAGCCCAGAAGAUAUGAACAAACUCAUGUUUCUGAAAUCCAACAUGCUUUAAGACUCUACUUCUGAACAAAAGAGAAGCAAAAGAGGAGAGAACGGUCGAAAAAAAUACACAACACUGUCGCAAACAAAGAAAAGGAAUUUAAGUUCUAAACACUGUGGACCUCAUUAUAAAUGCCCCCUGGAAACUUAAGUGCUUUUUUCAGUGUGUGUGUGCACGUGCGUACACACCCACGCCUGUGCGGACGUGUCCAAGCACGCGUACCGUGGAUGCGGGUGUGGGGCUCUUUGCUCAUCUGCGUGGCCACAGAAGCUUCGCACACGCGUGCACACACGUGCACACACAUACUACCCUGGUGCAUGCACACGCCUGCUCGUGGGCGAGUGUGCAUUAGACUGGGUAUGUCAGGAAAGCUGAGUGCUUGGGAAAGGGGCCGCUUCACCUCCUUUCCUCAGUAAGGGGCUCUUACGACGUCGUUUUCAGGUGUGCAGGUUGGUAGACCGCUGAUGUUGCAAAGUGUUCAGGCAGCUGAGAUCUGAAGUGACUUGACGCUCUGUCCUUCACCCCGUGGUCCCCCCUUUCCCGUCACGCCCCUCCCCGAGCCCUCCUGACCCUGGUGCGCCCCGCCCUGCCCCGCCCGGCUGCCCUGCUAUGGAUUCUCCAAACCGCAUCAGAUGGACGGUUUCUGCACUGGACUUUGUUCUUCUACACCUUCAGGGCAUUGAGCUGCUGCCCUCAGACACUCGGUGUCCCGGGCAGCCGCCUUAGAAACACACCUAUCUAUCUCCCCCAAUCAGGAAAGGAGACUUUAAGAGUAUAAAGCUGACUUUUGGCUUUUUAAUAUAAGAGAAAAAAAAGACAUAUUUCAGAGAAGUAUAGAUACUGUCUCCACUCCUUAAUUUUUUCCCCCUAACAUUAUAGCAGUUUUUUCCUUUUUUUUUUUUUUUUUUUUUCAAAUUUGAUUUAGACUCUGCUAGGAGGCACUGAAUGUCUGUAACUUAUGUUUCGAAGGUUGUUUUUUUAAUUGCCCUUUUUGUUCCUCAAGUCACACUGUAAACUAGCUCAUCUCAGUGGUAUGUUCACUCUCCUAAGGUUUUUAAUAGCCUUCCCCGUACAGUCCAGUGUUCGUGUAUCCGAACAGCCAGGACCGUGAACUUGUCUGUGCUGUUUGGAGAGCAGGAGUGGGGUUGGAGUCACAGGUUUCACAGACGUGGGUUUGGUGGAAGCCAUAGGAAGCAUGUGGCUUAGGAGUUCUCCUGAAUGUACGUGGAAGACCCACCUUCCUGCUCCUGUGUCUGGUACUGCGAAUGUCUGACCGAUCUACCCAGAGUGCAUUACACUACUCGCCCAUCACUGACACUCCCGGCUCAGCAGGGACUCCUCGGUUGAUCCAUGGUCACAUCCGUCACACCUCAAACCCUCCCCCUCCCGGGACCCCAGGGGUUCUGAUGGUUCCAUUGGCCGCAGCCCUGGGGUCCCCACGCGAGCCUCAGCCCUCCUUCCAGGACAAUAGUUGAGCACGGUGCCUUGUGGGCCAAACGAUCGAUGUCUUGAGGGUGGACUGGCACUAGGCCACGUGUAACUUGAUGCUGUGAAAGAUGUCUUUAGGCUUUUCUCUCCACGAGCAGUUUAGUUUCUACACACUCAGUCCAGACGCUGAGGGUGGCCCCUUUCCCCUCGCAGGAGGUGGUUCCAUCAGGAUCAGCCAUCUACCCCCCGGUCCUACCUGUCCGUGAAUAAAGUGCUGGUGGCCUCAUGACCUCCGAUGCCUGUGGCUGUGGCGCACAGAUGGCUACACCAAGGGCUGGUGGGGGGCAGUUCACAAAGGCACAUUCUGCCGUCUGGGGGUUGACUAAGUCCACUGCACCCCCGCCUAGUAAUAAAGCAUUACUCAACUGCGAGAUACCUCGACUACAGAAAGCACUGUAAACAGGCCUCUCCCCGGGUCCCAGGCAGGCGGGGAAGUGAAGUUGGUAUAAAACACUGUUCCUGGGGGCCCAGCCUGCUCACUUUGCCUCACAAAAACGAACCCUCCGAGUCUUGGAUGUACUGAAUGCAUUCAAGCGGGCCAUUGCCACCUUCUCUCCUAGAAGCCAAGGUCUCAGCAACCACCCUGCCAUUUCCUCUCCCAAAUAAGUUCCGGGUGUUUCCUCCACAAUGUUCCCGCUGGGGGUCACACCAUCAGAAGAUCCUCUGUUCACACUGGACAGUCACCUAAUGCCACUUGCUGGAGUGUCUGAGCAGACUUCAUUUGAUUGGACCUCUGGGGGUGCUCCAGAAGGUGGCUGCAGGGUUGCUGAGGCGUGACAGGUGCCUGCAGGUGAAGCUUCUUCCAGCUUUGCUUUGCUGCUGGGGAAGGGUCCACACUGGCCCUCUAACCACGCUGGGAGGGUCAGAGGUGCGCACUUUGUGUGGUCGGUGGAAACAGCCUGGGAGCCCAUCCUCCCUCUACUCGAAGCAGAGCUGUGCUGGUGUUGCCCCAUUUUGGGGGCCAGUUAGUUAGAAAAUAGGCAUUUCAUUUUCUUGUAAAGCCAUCAGAGACCAAGUCCAGAUGUGCAUUUAGAGCCUCUCUGGAACACGGAUGCCUGCCCUCCGUAAUGAAACUCGAGUAAGUCUCCUGUUCCGUUCUUCAGUCCCACCUUGGUUCCUUAGUUUAGUCCUUAGGACAGGCUUGAUGUGAAUGCCGCUGGGCACCCUGAAAACUAUCUCCCGGGGCUGCCUAGCCACGUGUGGUGACAAGGUGGCAGGUAGCCAUUUCUCUCUUGCAACCUCUGGUUCCCCAGAAAGUGGUGUUGCCAACAGGAAAGACUGUACCAGGUGCCCCCUCAGUCUGCUUUCUCACGCAGACAAUUCCCAUAGUGCAGGUCCUACUGCAACCAACCUCUUAACAACCCAAAGAUCCCACAAUUCCAGCCGCAGGCCCCGUGAUUCACAGCAAUAUCCACCUAGUUCAAAUUACAGUUCAGCCAAAGGACUGAGGUAGGCUCUUCCACUUCAUCUCCAGGCACUUGACCUGGCCUUGACCUAUGGAAGGGCUUUGUCUCCUGCUUCCUACUCCUGUGACAGCUAUAGGACUUCCCCGCACAGGCCCUCGGCAGCUGGCAGACCAGGAGCCAUUUCUGUCGUGUUCUCGGCAGCUCAAGGUGUUGACCUGCUGACCCGGACACAACUUGUCUCAAGCCAUGUGAUUCCCAGGACAGAACUGGUCUUUGUUUUGGCAUAUACGGACCCAAGAGGAGACUCUGCAGGGGGUUGGCCUCUCAUCUGAGGUCAGUUGGCUUCACCACCAAAGCCCAAGCCAAGGACCUUGCCUCGUGGGUGGUCCCACAGAUUUAGAGUUGCUGGGGCGGGGGGGCUUGGCUCCACCAAGAGCAGGGGAACCAUCCCAGUCCUCGCAAGUGGAUGCUCCUGUCCCACCACUAUUCUCUCUUCCCUGUGCCUUGGUCAACCAGCCAGGCCCCCCUCCGGAUGGUAGUUAGAAACCAAGAAACAGAAAAGGGAGGGGCCGCCCACUGCAUCUGCAUCCAGCCCACCUGAUGGCCUCAUGCUUGGGAUUCAUAGUGGCUCUUGGCUGGGGAAAGGAUAUGAUGACCCACUGAGCAGCUAUGGGUCUCCAGGAUUCUGGAAAGGACAAUUCUUCACACCGGGUCCGUAGGCUGCCAGGAGCUCUCUCCUUCGGUUGGCUGCUUUUCCUGCACUUUGAAGAAACACCCGAGAAGAACUCCGCAAGGCAUGUCUUCCACCGUGAUGCCGAGCUUCUGUCCUUAGGAGUCCCCUGUGCUUGUGAGAGGCCACCUUGCCUCCUCCUGGACCUGGACUUGGACUGGGCUCCAAGGUUCACAAGAAAGGUUUGAAAUGAAGCUGGGAUGCGGAUGGAGAAGGGAGGUCCCGUGAGAAAUGGCCCGGAGGGGACAGUACCUGGAUAUUUUCAUCUUGCAGAGACCGGGAAGAGGAAGGGCACAGGGCACGAUGGGCAGCCCCCUGCCCCCUUGAGCUGGAGUGAGUUCAUAGCUAUGCCCUUACCUCGGGAACAGGCCAACACCUGUGUCCCUGGGAUGUACCUGAAGGAGGGCUCCUAGACAGGCUGCUGCUUUAGACAGAACCAAGAGGCUAAGUAAGGCUCAGGCUGUUCCCCUGGAGACAGGUGGGGGCUCCUGUCUCGGCCCUGCCUGCCUGACCCAGCCCCCUGUAUCCACCUGGGCCAGCGGGAGAAUUGGGGUGGGGCCGGCCCCCCUCUUCACUGUGGCUAAUGUUUGCUAGGCCAGUUAUGGUGAACCAAUGAUACAGUGUUUUCCCUCUUAUGUUUCCCUCCUGGGUUUCCCCUUUUCAGGGUUUUCUGGAGGAUUUUGUUGUUUCUCUGUGGCUCUCGUCUGGGUUUGAGGAUCAUAGUCUGUAGAGGCCUGCCUUCCCCUGAAGGGACCCUGUGCUUUCCGUGCAAAAAGGCACCUGCUCCUGCUUGGAUGAGAGUGGAGAUCCUGAUUGUAUAUUCAUGCCCGCACCACCACCACAGUAUCGCUUUAAAGAUUCAGCUCCUGUACCGAGUAGGAUCUGCUGGGUUUGCAGUUGGGCGGCAGCAUCGGGGGCCGCGAGGGUCCUACCCACCCACCCGCGCUUCCCGCCGGGCACCUAGACUCUUCAAACCAAAGUUCCUUAUAGGGGCACAGCCCAGCCUCGACUGCAACCUCAGGGGCCUGGGAUCCCUGUGGCGCCUCCUGAAAUCCAGGUUGGCAGAGACCUUGGGGUCUGAGACCAGCCGGAAGAAGGGGCUCCUCCCACAACCCAGGCGCCAGGCAGUCCCUGCCAGGGACCCUCCCUCCCGCCCAGCCAGGGCGGCUGGGUUCCCAAGCGGUGAGCAAGCUCGGGACCGGCAUGGGGCUGGGACUCGCCAGCCAUCGGACAGAGGGACCUGCGGGGCUGAAGGCUCGACCCACCGCCUGACAAGUCCAGGGCCAUUCAGAUCCCAAGCAUCAGGAAAUCAUUUUGUACAACCACCUGAAGCAGAGAUAUUUUUUAAAAAGUAUAAAUUAUUUUCAGUUCUCUUCUGAUCCUACCUUUUUCUUUCCCCCCAUAACUUCACAUCGGUGAUUCUUUCACAUCAGGUAAAUCUUGAGAAAGCCUUGGUGCCCCUCCCUCACGCCCCACUCAGUAACCACGUGCGUGCGCCCCACCCUUUCUCAGUAGUUAAGAUGUUCUAGGCAAUACCAUGGGCACAUCUGACUGUGUCUCUCUCUUCGAGUGCAAGAAACUCAAGUCAUCUUAAAAAAAUACAAAAAAAAAUUUACAAAAAAACAAACACAAAAAAAUAUCUUUUUUAGGCCAGAGUUUUCUACAGGUAUUAAUGAAUAUUUUUCUUAAUCCUUAUAAGUUUUAUGUGUUUAAUAUUUCUUAAUACCGGUAGCAUUAAUUUAUACUUUUGUAGCAACACAAUAUUUUUAUAAACAGCCAGUGCUUGGCUCAAGUCUCCACAAGGGGUUUAUGCAGGGCCGUCUUGGGACCCUGCGUACCAUGUACUGUAUUAAAAAAAAAAAAAAAAAGUUACCUAGUGUCACCCUUGCUGUGUUAAUUAACAAAAGACGUGGUUUGUGGUCUCCUGUGUUGGUGUGGAUCCAGCAACUGGUGGGUCUGACAACUGCAAGGAGUCACAUUGCAUGGGGGUUGAUUUGACGGUUCUUGUGUGAUGUGUGAGCCCCCGAGACCAAACUUGAGGGUCUAUUUAAGGGUUUUCUGUUUGUCCUUUGGGUUUUUUGUUUCGCUUUGCUUUGGUACCGUUUUCUCCAUUUACAGCCAAAUCAAUUUCGUGAUGUUUCGAACUUUUACUGGUGUCAAAUGGAGGAAAGGAACAGAAAAAGGAAAGAUUUUUACAAAGUAAUAAAAUUUAAAACUGAGCUGUUUAAAUGUUGCUGUUUUUAACUGUCUGUUCUUGUCCAAAAGCGGGACAUUCCCAGGGAGAAGAGGGAAGGUUCCACUUGGUUCCUUAAAUCGCCAAAAACCCCAGCCCAGAAUUCAGAACCCCUCUGCCCUAUGAAUUCUUCAACAUUAUUUCCCAGUUGGUUGAUGCCAAGGCAAAAAGACAUCCUUUUAAUGGUUAGAGAGGAUCAGUUGCUUAAAUGAUUUCAUGUCGGUGUUGUAUUUAUGGUUUUACAAUAAAAUGACCUUUAGGAGGA